UCUUUGAGACAAGCAUAUGCUACUGGCAGGAUCAACCAGGUAGUCGGCGGCGGCAGCCACGCUCUCCCGGAGGAGGAGGCGGCGUCAGCCUCGCGUCGGGGGCGGCCCGGCCUCCGCCUCCCCGGGCGGGGAGGGGAGCGGCCGCGGAGCGCAACCAGGGUGGGAGCGGGGGGUCAGGCGCGGGAAGGCGGUGGGAACGGGGCUCGCCCCGGGCAGGGCGGAGCUCACGGGAGGGGGGGAGAGACGGAGGGGAAGCGGGGGAGCGGGGGAGCGUUCGCUCGGAGGCCAGAGAAGGGUGCCUUCUUCCCGGGGGGCGGGCGGCCGGGGGUCCCGGGGCCGGGAACGCCCGCGCGCCGCCUCGCCCGCCGUUCUCGUGCGCGGGCCCCUGGGGCGGGCUGCCGGCUCGGAGCGGGAUCAACCCCCGGGUGGGGGCGGCGGGUGGCGGUCGUCGUCGCCCGCCGCGGGUCUACGGACUGGGGGCCGCGUGAGGGGGGAGGCACCGCCCCACCUGAACACCGCCGCGAGGGACGGCCCGCGGAGGGUCCUCCCCGACACGGCCCAGGCUGCCACAUCGAUCGGGGCGCCGGAGCGCAGGUGGCCCCGUCCGGGUCUCCCGCCCGCCGGGGGCCGAUGGGAAAGAGGGUCGCCCCUUCCGGGUCUGCCGCCCGCCGGGGGCACGCUCCGGACGGCCGCGGGGGCCCGGGUCCGCUCCGGAGUCUCGGGAAGGCCGUUCGGUUCUCUCUCGUCCGGCGGGGCCCUUCCCUGAGUGUCCGCACCACGGGGAACGGUCUGGGUGGGACCGCGAGGGGUGAGGCGCCACCCCACCUGAACACCGACCCGAGGGAAGGCCCGCGGGGGGUCCUCACCGACGCGGCCCGGGGAGAGAGAGGUCGAUCGGGGCGCCAGGGGCGCCGAGUAGGCCGAGGAUCUGGACCCCGUCCGGGUCUCCUGCCCGCCGGGGGUCGUCGGGAACGCACGGUGCCCCUUCCGGGUCUCCUGCCCGCCGGGGGUCGAUCGGGACGCGGGGUGCCCCUUCCGGGUCUCCUGCCCGCAGGGGGCACGCUCCGGACGGCCGCGGGGGCCCGGGUCCGCUCCGGAGGCACGAGGGGUCGGGAAGGCCGAGGGGGGGGGGACGCAGGCCGGAGACCGCCCCGGUCCGGAGCCCCUGCCCGACCGCGGUAGGCGGAGGGCGGCUUGGGGAGCCACGGAGGACCGGUGGAUUCUCUCGUCUGUCGUCAA